UCUGAUAUCCUGAAGACAUUCACCCAAGGAGAUACAGUAAAUUUGCAAUGCCUCAUGUCAGGUGAAGUUGGAAACUACUACGGGUUCAAACUGACAGUGGGACAAGCUCCAGUGAUGAUUGUAUCUAUUUAUGCUCACUCUGGAAGUCCAACAUUUUAUAGGGAGUUUGACAACAACCCUUGGUUCGCUGCAGAGAAGAACAGGGACAGUUCCCUUUCAGUCGGUCACUCUGUAUAACAUACUAUGGGGAGUCAAUUACCAAUCAUAUUCACCUGAAGAAAACUAAAAACACACCCAACGGGCCAAUGAAUGCAGAGCACGCCCUCGGAAGCCCCGCCUUCCUGGCUAAAACACCUGUGCUCGCAUUCAUUUCCUAAAAUCUUCGCUCUUCAGUUCGCCUGAAGGAGAACAUGUCACGCAAUUUACAAAUAUUUCAAGCACAUGAAGACUACUAAAUUCGGCUCCAACUUAGAUGUCUGUUAGUGGGGAGAGAAUUCUCAUACCCCUAGUUGCGAGUUCGGGUCUUGGUAUCAGUCUUUGUGUUUCCUAAAAGCUAGCUACUUUCUGCUCUGCUUGUGUAGCUAAUGCUUCUUUGCUUGGGUAGGAUUUGUGUUUGCUAAAAGCCUACCACUUCUGCUCUGCUUGAGUAAGAUGGCCAGUGGUAAGAGUAAGUUCAAAAAGGCUAAACAGCCGGUUUUGAGACUCAGACGGUGCCCUAGGGCAUGUGAUUUAAUAAUGAAAAUUAAAGAUACUCACAAGUGAUGUCCUGUUUGCCUGUAACUGUGUUACAGUGGCCUCAGGGCUGCCGGAGAUGGGGAGAGGGGGGCUGUUUGUUUCCCGCCUGUAAUGCAGGGGACUGGAGUUCAAUUCCCUGAUGGGCAUCCCAGCCAAGCAAUGGCUAGCUGGAUGGGUUCUCUGCUUCCGUGAAGGUGUUUGGGAACUGUAUUCUGGAAAGCUACAUUGAUGGACGCUCUUAUCCAGAGCGACUUGCAGUAGUGAGUGUAGAUGACAAUGUAUGGGAGGUUGGCUGCGUGCUCCACCCAGUGGGCCAAUAUUCUGAUGUCCCCGUGGGUGUGUCCUAGCAUCUGUUUUAAGAGAGGAGAUUUCCUCCCUUCUUUGGAAGCGAGCUAUCCGGGUGAUUCCUGUGUCGGAAGUACAGAGCGGUUGGUACAGCUGGUCUUUCCUAGUUCCUAAGAGCAAUGGAACGCUGCAUCUCAUCCUGGACUUGAGUGGUUUGGACAAACCACUCAAGGUGCUCACGCAUUGGUGCGUCCAAGCGAUUGGUUAAUGUCCAUUGAUCAGAGCAUGCAUAUUUUUGUGUGGCUAUACAUCCUCACCACAGAAGGUUUCUGAGGUUUCAUUUCGAGGGUGUGGCUUACGUGUUCCUGGUCCUGCCUUCAGACACUCCCUGUCACCCGCACCUUUGCUAUGGUGGCGAGGCAGCUUUGGCACCAUCCUGUGUCAGGGGAUCAGAAUAUUGGCCUGUCUGGAUGAUUGGCUGGUCAUAGCGGAGUUGAGGGAUCAGGUGAAUCUUCACACUGUUUUCUGAUAUUUGGUCUCUGGGUUCAUGGUGACUCACAGGUAAAGUUGUCUGACACGUUCAGUUUUCUGGGUCUCGUUCUGGACUCGGUUCCAUUAACUCCUUGGAGAAGCCCGCGACUGCUGUCACAGUGAGUUCCCAUGGGCCGGGUAAUGUCCCGAAAGGUGAUCGCAACAGAGUCAUCCUCACUGGGAUGGGGAGCACUGUGUGUGGGCUACUCGGAAAGGGGGGUUUGGUCGACAGCGCUAAGGGCGCUGCAAAUCAAUUACCUGCAGCUACUUGCAGUUUUUCUGGCGCUGAGGCAUUUUCUUCCGAUAUUGGAGGGGCAGCAUGUGUUGGUAAGGUCUGACAACAGGACGGCGGUGACGUACAUCAGGGAGACGUGGUCUCUCUCUCUCUCUCCCUCUCCUGAACCUGGCCCGUUAUCUGCUCAUAAGGAGCAGUGUGCAUUUCUUGUCACUCAGCCCGACAUACCUUUCCGGAUCUCUCAAUGUGGGUGCGGAUCUACUUUCCUCUCUCAAUGGAGUGAAGACUUCACCCCUCGGUGGUUGCCCAGAUAUGGGAUCGGUUCAGCAAGGCCAAUGUAGAUCUUUACGCAUUGCGAGAAAAAGCGCCUCCUGUGCUUCUCAAUGAGGGAUCUGGACGAUCCGUAGGGAACGGAUGCUUUGGUGCAUCAGUGACCUCGGGCUCGGCUUUAUGCUUUUCCUCUUUGGAGAGGGUCCAACAGGAGGGUCUGUUGUUGAUUUCUGGGGGCUCCCCUUUGGCCGAGACAACCCUGGUUCGCAGAGAUCAUCCGCCUGUUAGGCAGGGACCCGUGGAGAGUUCCGUGUCGUCUGUAUCUUUUGUCCAAGGUGCACAGGAGUGUUUGGCAUCCACGACCACAGAUAUGGAAUCUUUGGGUUUGGCUGAAAUUGACGGCUAGGGGUUUACCCUCGAAUUUGAUUAUGACUAUACAGUUGGCGUGAAUGCCCUCUACGAGGGGGUUGUAAACGUAUAAUUGGAGUGCGUUUGAGGGUUGGUGUCAGAUUAAAGGAGUUUCUCCUUUUCAGAGCUCUAUUGUGGUGUUCUUGCAAGAGCUUUUUGAGCAGGGCUUUUCCUUUUCUACAUGGAUAGUUUAUAUGGCAGCCAUCUCGGCGUGUCAUGUAGGGAUUGAUGGCUCUACCCCGGGGUCUCAUCCUCUGGUGGUGCAGUUCCUGAAAAACGAGCAUCACUCAGACCAGUGUCUAAGCCUUUGGCACUGACCUGGGACCUGGCUUUGGCCCUGGCUACUCUGUGUGAGCCUCAUUUUGAAACAUUGGAGUCUGUGGACCUGGAGGUCCUUUCCCACAAGUCUGCCCUGCUCAUGGCCAUUGUGGAAAUAUCCACGCGCUAUAAGUACACCCUCCCUGUUUGGAGUUUGCGACUGGCGACUCCAAGGUGAUGUUACGUCCUAAUGCAGCUUUUGUUCCUAAGGUUAUGCGUAUAUCUUACAGGUUUCUAGCUUUCGAGGUGUUACCCUUUUCAUCUCCUACGUUUGCUUCUAGUGAGCAACGAUGGUUGAGUUGCCUGUGACUAUUGCGUGCUCUGCGCGAGUAUAUAGAUCGGCGCUCUGCGCCCGUAUAUAGAUCAGCUCAAGGAUAUCUGCAUUUGUCACCAGCUAUUUGUCUGUUUUGCUAAUCCAUUUCGGGGUAAGGUACUUUCUAAACAGCGUCUUUCUCUUUGGUUUGUGGAGGCUAUCUCCUUGGUGUAUGACAGCAAAGGGCAUGGUUUGCAUAGCGUUGUGUGUGCUUACUCCACUAGGGGUGUGGCAGCUUCUUGGGCAUUGUUCAGGUGCAUAGCGAUUGGUGAUAUCUGUGCUGCAGCAAGUUGAAGUUCACCACAAGCCUUUGUGAGGUUUUAUCGCUUGGACGUAACUGCUCCCAGUCUGGCUCAUAGUGUUCUUAUGGCUGUGUCUGGGAGUUAGGAAGCGCGCCGGUUACGCACUCUUAUCCGGGUUACCACAGUUUCCCUGUGGGUUUGAGCCUUGGGCUGCCAUGGUUCGGCAAUGAGGCAGCGUGCAAAUGCGCAUUAUCAAGUGACAGCAGGUGCCCUGUUGUUUUUUUGGACUCCUUGUGUGAGUUCAGGCAUUCCAGACUCCUCAGGAGCCUUUUUGGAACCGGUAGGGUCUAUGGACUUGUUCGUGGUCGAAGUUAGGCAGCAUUAUGUCCAGGUUACCACAGUUUCCCUGUGGAUUCCCUUCAGCAGCCUUCAAAUCAAAUCAAAUUACUUACUUACAAGCCCUUAACCAACAAUGCAGUUUUAAGAAAGAAUACAAAAAAAUACUACAAAUAAUAAGAAAUAAAAGUAACAAAUAAUUAAAGAGCAGCAGUAAAAUAACAAUAGCAAGGCUAUAUACAGGGGGUACCGGUACCGAGUCAAUGUGCGGGGGCAACGGUUAGACGAGGUAAUUGAUGUAAUAUGUACAUGUAGGUAGAGUUAUUAAAGUGACCAUGCAUAGAUAAUAAACAGAGAGUAGUAGCAGCGUAAAAGAGGACGGGGACGGGGGGGGGGGGGCAAUGCAGAUGUUCAGGAGUCUUAUGGCUUGGGGGUAGAAGCUGUUUAGAAACCUCUUGGACCUAGACUUGGCGCUCCGGUACCGCUUGCCGUGCGGUAGCAGAGAGAACAGUCUAUGACUAGGGUGGCUGGAGUCUUUGACAAUUUUUAGGGCCUUCCUCUGACACCGCCUGGUAUAGAGGUCCUGGAUGGCAGGAAGCUUGGCCCCAGUGAUGUAAUGGGCCAUACACCUUGCAGUGGUUGCAUCACUGCCAUACCAGGCAGUGAUGCAACCAGUCAGGAUGCUCUCGGUGGUGCAGCUGUAGAACCUUUUGAGGAUCUGAGGACCCAUGCCAAAUCUUUUCAGUCUCCUGAGGUGGAAUAGGUUUUGUCGUGCUCUCUUCAUGACUGUCUUGGUGUGCUUGGACCAUGUUAGUUUGUUGGUGAUGUGGACACCAAGGAACUUGAAGCCCUCAACCUGCUCCACUACAGCCCCGUCGAUGAGAAUGGGGGGCGUGCUCGGUCCUCUACUUUUUCUUGUAGUCCACAAUCAUCUCCUUUGUCUUGCUCACGUUGAGGGAGAGGUUGUUGUCCUGGCACCACACGGCCAGGUCUCUGACCUCCUCCCUAUAGGCUGUCUCGUCAUUGUCGGUGAUCAGGCCUACCACUGUUGUGCCAUCGGCAAACUUAAUGAUGGUGUUGGAGUCGUGCCUGGCCAUGCAGUCAUGAGUGAACAAGGAGUACAGGAGGGGAAUGAGCACGCACCCCUGAGGGUGUGUUGAGGAUCAGCGUGGCAGAUGUGUUGUUACCUACCCUUACCACCUGGGGGCGGCCCGUCAGGAAGUCCAGGAUCCAGUUGCAGAGGGAGGUAUUUAGUCCCAGCGUCCUUAGCUUAGUGAUGAGCUUUGAGGGCACUAUGGUGUUGAACGCUGAGCUGUAGUCAAUUAAUAGCAUUCUCACAUAGGUGUUCCUUUUGUCCAGGUGGGAAAGGGCAGUGUGGAGCGCAAUAGAGAUUGCAUCAUCUGUGGAUCUGUUGGGGCGGUAUACAGAUAGGAGUGGAUCUAGGGUUUCUGGGAUAAUGGUGUUGAUGUGAGCCAUGACCAGCCUUCAAAGCACUUCAUGGCUACAGACGUGAGUGCUACGGGUCGGUAGUCAUUUAGGCAGGUUACCUUAGUGUUCUUGGGCACAGGGACUAUGGUGGUCUGCUUGAAACAUGUUUGUAUUACAGACUCAGACAGGGAGAAGUUGAAAAUGUCAGUGAAGACACUUGCCAGUUGGUCAGCGCAUGCUCGGAGUACACGUCCUGGUAAUCCGUCUGGCCCUGCGGCCUUGUGAAUGUUGACCUGUUUAAAGGUCUUACUCACAUCGGCUACAGAGAGCAUGAUCACACAGUCGUCUGGAACAGCUGAUUCUCUCAUGCAUGUUUCAGUGUUACUUGCCUCGAAAGCGAGCAUAAAAGUAAUUUAGCUCGUCUGGAAGUCUUGUGUCACUGGGCAGCUCGCGGCUGUGCUUCCCUUUGUAGUCUGUAAUAGUUUGCAAGCCCUUCCACAUCCGACGAGCGUCUGAGCCGUUGUAGUACGAUUCGAUCUUAGUCCUGUAUUGACUCUUUGCCUGUUUAUUGGUUCGUCGGAGGGCAUAGCGGGAUUUCUUAUAAGCUUCCGGGUUAGAGUCCCGCUCCUUGAAAGUUGCAGCUCUACCCUUUAGCUCAGUGCGGAUGUCGCCUGUAAUCCAUGGCUUCUGGUUGGGGUAUGUACGUACAGUCACUGUGGGGACAACAUCAUCGAUGCACUUAUUGAUGAAGCGAGUGACUGAUGUGGUGUGCUCCUCAAUGCCAUCGGAAGAAUUCCGGAAUAUUUUCCAGUUUGUGCUAGCAAAACAGUCCUGUAGCUUAGCAUCUGCUUCAUCUGACCACUUUCUUAUUGAACGAGUCACUGGUGCUUCCUGCUUUAGUUUUUGUUUUAAGCAGGAAUCAGGAGGAUAGAAUUAUGGUCAGAUUUGCCAAAUGGAGGACAAGGGAGAGCUUUGUAGGCGUCUCUGUGUGUGGAGUAAAGGUGGUCUAGAGUUUUUUUCGCUCUGGUUGCACAUUUAACAUGCUGGUAGAAAUGAGGUAAAACGGAUUUAGGUUUCCCUGCAUUAAAGUACCCGGCCACUAGGAGCGCCGCCUCUGGAUGAGCGUUUUCCUGUUUUCUUAUGGCCGUAUACAGUUCAUUGAGUGCGGUCUUAGUGCCAGCAUCGGUUUGUGGUGGUAAAUAGACAGCUACGAAGAAUAUAGAUGAAAACUAUUUUGGUAGAUAUUGUGGUCUACAGCUUAUCAUGAGAUACUCUACCUCAGGCGAGCAAAACCUCAAGAUUUUCUUAGAUAUCAAUCACCAGCUGUUGUUUACAAAUAUACAUAGACCGCCACCCCUUGUUUUACCAGAGGCUGCUGUUCUAUCGUGCCGAUACAGUGUAUAACCCGCCAGCUGUAUGUUAUUCAUGCCAUCGUUCAGCCACGACUCAGUGAAACAUAAGAUAUUACAGUUUAUAAUGUCCCGUUGGUAGGAUAUACGUGCUUGUCCACUUUCUUAUCAAGCUAUUGUACGUUGGCCAAUAGUAUCGAUGGCAAAGGCAGAUUAGCCACUCGUCGCCGGCUCCUUAACAGGCACCCCGAUCUCUUUCCGCGAUAUCUCCUUUUCUUUCUACUGCGAAUGACGGGGAUGCGGGCCCUGUCGGGUGUCUGGAGCAAAUCCCUCUCGUAAGAACUCAUUAAAGAAAAAUUAUUCGUCCAGUUCAAGGUGAGUAAUCGCUGUUCUGAUGUCCAGAAGCUCUUUUCGGUCAUAAAGACAGUAGCAGCAACCUUAUGUACAAAAUAAGUUACAAACAAUGCAAAAAAAAAUUUAAACAGCACGGUUGGUUAAGAGUCCAUAAAACUGCAGCCAUCCCCUCUGGCACCAUUAUAACUGUGUGCGGAAGUGCGCAGAGUGUGCAUUUAUCAGGGUUACCACAGUUCCCUGUGUGUUUGAGCCAUGGGCUGCCACGGCAGCGCAUGAGUACACAGAUUCCAGGGUACUGCAGGUUUUCCUGUGGAUUUGAGCCUCGGGCUGCUGUGGUUCACGGACUCUGGUCAAUGCUAUGCAGCGCACGUGUGCGCUUUGCCAAGUUACAGCAGCUGUUCUGUUGUUGUGGACUUCCGGUUCCUUGUAUGAGUUCUGGCAUUUCAGGCUUGUAAGGUAGUAUUGUGCUCUGUGUGGGACGUUUCUUGGAACUGUGGUGUCUAUGGACUUGGGCUGCAGCGUGUCAGUGCACAUAGCCAAGUUGCAGCAUUUUCUGGUUCCCUGUAUGGGGCACUGACAGUUCAGGCCUCAUAAGGCUCUGACAGUUCAGGCGUCUCAGGUAAGUAUUAGACCCCCUUUUGGAGCCAGUGGAACCUCUGUGUGAUUGGGCUACCGUGUGCCUCCUAGUUUGCUACCCUCUGAGCCGGCUUGGGGCGGGAUUAUGUGUCCCCAUAGUAUGUUAUAUCAAGUUACCGACUGAAAGGGAACGUACUGUUGUGAAUAUAACUACCUGUUCCCUGAAGGAGAGAACAAGGUAUAACAUAUUUUGGCCCCGCGCCGUCAGGGGGUUUGAGCUCGCUCAAGAGCGGUACUGAAUUGACUAAAUUAAUGCGAGCCCUGGUGUUAUAGCCAGGAAGGCGAGGCUUCCGAGGCAGGCUCUGCAUUCAUUGGCCCGUUGGGCUUGUUUUUUGCUUUCUUCAGGUGAAUGUGAUUGGUCCUUGACUCCCCAUAGUAUGAUAACUAGAACAGUAGUUAUAUUCAUAACUCUACGUUUUGUGCUGACCAUUUCAGAUGCAAGGCAGUCAGAUAUUAGGAUACAGUUACUUUGGAAACUGUGACCUUCAGGAAAGGUGUGUUUUUGAGUAUGAUGGUAAGUAACACAGAAGUUUAAUAAUACGUAACUGUCUGGCUUUUUGUAUGUAGAAAUUAUGCCAUUCAUAUGGAAUCAUAUAGAGCCUUGGCUUUAUUGCAAAAUGUGCAGAUUCCAGUACCAAGCAUCUCAUUCGGCAGCUUGUGUCUAAGUCAGUCCAGCCAAGAGACUCUGUGACUCUGAACUGUACAAUACACACUGAGACCUGUGCAGGAGAACAGUGUCUAUUGGUUCAGACAUGGCUCAGGAGAAUCCCGUUCAGGAAUAAUUUACACCCAUGGAUACAGGAGUGAUCAGUGUGAGAAAAGCCCUGAGACUGGGUCUCCUACACAGAACUGUGUCUACAACCUCCCCAGGAGGAACCUCAGCCUCUCUGAUGCUGGGACUAACUACUGUGCUGUGUCCUCAUGUGGGGAGAUACUGUUUGGGAACAGGACCAAGCUGGACAUUCAAGGUAAUUUCUUUCACUUAUUUUACCAAUUUACCAUUUCCAGAGUUUUAUAGCAUGCAUAAUUGGUAACCUGUAUUGUAAGAUAAAGUGUACUAUUACCUGAUAUUAUUCCAAUAAAACAUUAUAUUAUUAGAUACAUAGAUUAUUAUUUAUUUAUGUAUUUAUUAUUAGAUACAUUAUUAUAUUUUAACGAUCAGAGACCUGAUCUCUAAGUAAAAGGUUGCAUAAAAUGCCCAAAAAUUGGAUAAUAUCAUUUUAUCCUCACACGGGGCACCAAGUAUAGGUACAGGUAUUAUUAACUACACCAUUUGUUUUGGUCAGCAACCUUACCAAUUCCUUCAUUUGAAACUUAGAUAUUAUUUUUCUCCUUCUCAAGAGAAUCAAACCCGAUUGCUGAUCUACAUAAUGUUUGUUCUGAUUGUUAUCAUCUUGAUCGUAACAAACAUUCUCUCUGUUACAUUCUCAAGCAGAAUUACAACCCAGAUUACAAGAGGCCAGAUAGACAGACCUGAGCGUCCUGUUGGGCUGACACUAUUGUUUUUAGCUUCUAUGAUCAAAUGUAAUGCAGCGAAGCUCACAAUACCUUUAAGGUAUACUAUAGUGUGACUAAAAGCCAAUGCUCCUGCCAACCAUGUGUUCUUCCGUUCAGUGAUCUACCUGGUGCAGUCAGAGGAGUGCCCCCUAUUGGUUAACAACCACCAACUCCAGCCAAUUGUUAUUCCACACAAGGGGGGUGGAUAGAAUGCCCAAUAGAAUGAUUAGACCCAACUGUAAUGGGUGUCAUCACUGUGAAAAUAGAUUUUUUUGUAUAUUUACUGUAAUCCAGACCCUUUAUUUAAACGUUAUUACUUUAAAAUGGAAAAUAUACAGUAUGUUUGACCAACUUAAAAUGGUCAGUUCUGGGAACCUCUAUGAUGAUAAACUACAGUCUAUAACUAAUAUCUUAUCAUUCUCUCUCAAACCAAAUGAAAGAGUGGAAAAUCAGGGAUUGGUUUUAAGAAAAAAACUAUCUGUGGUCAUUGUAUGCCUCUAUGGCUCUCACACCAUGUCCCGCCCCUAAUCAUAAAUUCACUUUCUAAUAAAGAUGUAGUCCUUCCUUCAUGGACUGGCAGUGUAGCUCUAAGCACAGAAUGGCACGCAUAUGUUUAUCAGCUCUUGUCAUCUAUGGCUUGUGUAAGUUAUCUAAGUCAUUACGAGUUUAUGAUUCAUAGUUGAGACUAGGUUUAGGUAUAGUAGUGCAUGAGUGAACAGAAAGUUCUAUGUUUGGAAUUGUUUCUAAACCUUUGUCUUCUCUCUUUCAGAUCUGACCCCUGUUGUGUCGGUCUCUCCUCCUCCCUCAGUGGUGGUCCAUCCUGGAGAUAAUGUCACUUUGCAGUGCACCAAUGUCACUGGAGCUCCAGGACACGUUGGCUGGUUCAAGCAAGUCAACUACUCAGAGCCCCUAGGCAUCGCGUCUAUGUUCAGCUCUGAGUCAACUGUCCAGCAUCACAAUGGUUUUCAGCCCAGCCAUAUGGAAAUGUUUGUCAGCCAUAGAAUAAUCUUCCUCAAAAUCACAGAGUUGGAUGUAGCUGAUUCUGGUCUUUACUUCUGUGGAAUGUUGGAUAAAUACGUCAUUUUCACCAAUGCAACUCUCCUGAAGGUCCAAGGUAAUCUUUUCAACAACUUGUCUGCUAUGACUCCAAAUGCACUAACAUGUAUAUGAGGUAUCAGAGAUAUUAUUGAGAAAAUGUUGGAGAUAUAAUACUAUCGUACUACAGUGGGAAUAACAGUGGGAAUAUUUAUCUCUCCUAAUCUUCCAAAAGGUCACAAAGAUUCUGAAAAGGACCUUACAGAGCAUUGUGAAGAAGGUAUGUUUAUUCUGUUAUUUUAAGUGAGAAUCUUUCGUAAAUGAAUUUAUAUGAUGUACCAUGAAAGUACCACAGAAUAUAAAUAAAGUACAACAGCGUCUUAUAGCAACCUAGACUGAGAAUUCUUGUUAUUUCAGUUGCUGAUCAACAAAUGAGAAUCCUGGUCCUUCUCUCCAUCAUAAGAACUGGAGUUCUCCUCUGCUGUCUGACCAGCUUCAUCAUCAUCUACACCACCAGGAAAUAAAUAAAGCUAAGGCCAAUGUCAGUAGAGUAUAUGUAGUAUGUUACUUGCUUUCACCAAAUCCCUAUGUACAGGGGUGUCAGUUGGGUGUGGCAGGGUAUGGCAGUCAAACAUGUAAAAGUAGGCUACAAAAAGGUAGACUAAAAUCAUUCUAAUCCUAAUUAAAAUACAACGGAUGUUUAGCAUAUUGAUUGGCUGGGUUAAGGACCAUGCGGAGCAUCGCUAGGGGAGAAGCUGCCAGCCUGUGCGCCUUUUCUCUCACUUUAAGAAUGCAGAGCAGUGCCAGGAAGUUUGCUUUGCUGGUCAGCCGUUUAGGCAGUGCGCCGAUUGCUUUGAAUUUGAUGUCGCAUUUGAACUCGGCCAUGUAAGCCUUGCCGCCAGUUGUUUUAUGCACCGGUUACAUCCAUAUUGAUGUCGGCACAAUUAGCUAUAUAAUUACUCGUGCCUGUACAGAAACAAAUAAAAUCAUUCAAAAUACAACACCAGAGAGCAUGAUUUGGCCACAGAGUAUCAUCUUAUUUAAAAAAUGAGCUGUGGAUUGUUUUAAACGUGCAAUUUGAGCAGUGCACGCGGCAAUACAAAUAGCCUACCAAAUUGCUUAUUGUUGAGUUGUGGCGGUUAGUGAAAAGCUGUUAAAUAUGCCUAGGCCUAUCGUAUUUUUCAAAAUACAAUCGUAAGGAAAACAUAGUUCAGAAAGCAAAUGGCUAUUGCUGAAAAGAGAACACAAUAAAAAGCCAAAUCUGUCUCUACCAAUUGAGCGAACAGUAGCUUAUGUUGUUGGCACCAGCGGAGGCCAAAGCCCUGGUGAGCGCGAGCAUAUUCACUGUCUUUAUCAUUGGAUCAGUACCACUGGAACGUUUUUUGGGGACAAUAAUUUCCUCCUUCAGGCUAGAUGGACAUCAUAUUGUACAAUUUGUGUCUCCCCUUUCCGUAGGCCAGAUUAGAUGGUUGCAUUCAAGACAAGGUCACUUUUAAUGAUCUGUUGUCAGUGUCACCAGAGUAGGAUACUAAUUUGUUUAUAAAAGGCCACAUUUUUCCUGUGCAAAGAAUGGAGAAGAAACAUCUCCUAUUAGACCUACGUGUUCAGAACUGUCUGUUUUGCUAAGAGUGAUUGAGUUAUAUUAUUAGCCUAAAUUCUGACUAUGCAAUCUACUCAUCACAUUAGGAAUAGUAGCCUAUCUUACAUUGGUCUGCAAAUGCGAUGCUAGAUGUAUGAAAUCCUUCAUUAUAAAGGUGCAAUUUUAUGGUGAAGAAAUAUCUUCCCCAAACUAUGGAUGUCUGCAUUUGAUGUCGGCCUUGUUGUGACUUGAUAGCAUGUAUUAUGCAUCUAUUUCACAUUGCACUGUAUGUGCCGUUCCACUAGUAAAUAAGUCCAUUUAUGAUGAGAUUGAGUAUAUACUAUAGUGUUUGACAUUUUAUAGGUCACUUUCAAUAAAACAUCACAAUAAGGUGUAGAGCGCUCAAUUUGCCUGCUGGGGGGCAAGGAGGCCCACAGCUCCGCUAAUAUCAUCACCUCUUGAAGUGCAUAGUCAGACCUACACAUUUCCUGAUUAUUCCAUGCAAAACAAUUGUGCACAUUUAGCUCCAUCAUCAGAGUUAUACAGCAAGUAACUGUAUGCUUUUCAUGAUCAGUAAACAUCAAUUCAUCAUUGAUCAAUUGAUCAUUUGCAGUGAUAAUUAAUGGCUGUUUUUGUUUUUGCUGUUCUCCAAAUAGCAUUUUAGAGUUUAUAAAUUGUGUAGAAAUGCAGUAAAUCAGCGUCAACUUCCACCACCCCCCCCUGAAAAAAAUAUCCCCCCCACCCUCACUUUGCCAUAUCCUAGGUUUAGCUGAACUGACGCCACUGCAUGUGUAUGCACCUGUAUAAGCAGUGUUUAAUUUGACACUCAAAUUAUACACCUCUCAGUUGUGGACUGUUUCGCUCCAGAACCUAUUUGGCUGGAUCCGGUACCUCUACUUGUGAAAAGAAAUAGCUGUUUGCAAUGUAAGCUGAACUGAUGCCACAGCAUGUGAAUGCAUCUGUAUAAGCAGUGUUUAAUUUGAGCAUGAUCCUGUUCCGCAAGAAUCCGGCUCAAAUUAUACACCUCUCAGUUGUGGACUGUUUCGCUGAGAAACAACCUCUCCUGAAGGUCCAAGGUAAUCUUUUCAACAACUUGUCUGCUAUGACUCCAAAUGCACUAACAUGUAUAUGAGGUAUCAGAGAUAUUAUUGAGAAAAUGUUGGAGAUAUAAUACUAUCGUACUACAGUGGGAAUAACAGUGGGAAUAUUUAUCUCUCCUAAUCUUCCAAAAGGUCACAAAGAUUCUGAAAAGGACCUUACAGAGCAUUGUGAAGAAGGUAUGUUUAUUCUGUUAUUUUAAGUGAGAAUCUUUCGUAAAUGAAUGUAUAUGAUGUACCAUGAAAGUACCACAGAAUAUAAAUAAAGUACAACAGCGUUUUAUAGCAACCUAGACUGAGAAUUCUUGUUAUUUCAGUUGCUGAUCAACAAAUGAGAAUCCUGGUCCUUCUCUCCAUCAUAAGAACUGGAGUUCUCCUCUGCUGUCUGACCAGCUUCAUCAUAAUCUACACCACCAGGAAAUAA